AUGGCGGACUCGGCAGCCCAGGCCUCCAUGCAACCCCGGCUUCAGCAAGCUCAGUCUGGAGGGGCGGCGGGGUCCAACACGAAUACAGGUUCUGGAUCUGGGAGUAGCGACCCGGCCCGUCCAGGUCUGAGCCAACAGCAAUGGGCGAGCCAGAAGAAAGCACAAGUGCGAGCUUUCCCACGGGCCAAAAAGCUUGAAAAACUCGGAGUUUUUUCGGCUUGUAAGGCAAAUGAUGCUUGCAAAUGUAACGGGUGGAAGAACCCGCAUCCUCCGACCGCCACGCGAAUGGAGCCACAGCAACAAGCGGCCAGUUUAACGGAACCUUGCCGCAGUUGCAAUCAUACUCUGGCGGAGCAUGUGUCACACUUGGAGAACGUGUCAGAGGAGGAGAUGAACAGGCUACUGGGAAUGGUUGUGGAUGUGGAGAAUCUCUUUAUGUCUGUGCACAAAGAGGAAGACACAGAUACCAAACAAGUAUAUUUCUACCUGUUUAAGUUGUUGAGGAAGUGUAUUCUUCAGAUGGGAAAGCCUGUAGUGGAAGGUUCUUUGGGCAGUCCACCAUUUGAGAAACCCAACAUAGAACAGGGUGUAUUAAACUUUGUACAGUAUAAGUUUAGUCACUUGGCUCCUAAGGAAAGACAGACCAUGUAUGAGCUGAGUAAAAUGUUCUUGCUGUGUCUGAACUACUGGAAGCUGGAGACGCCCUCACAGUUCCGCCAGCGGGCGCAGAAAGACGACGCCUCCGCGUAUAAAGUCGACUACACCAGGUGGUUGUGUUAUUGUCAUGUUCCUCAGAGUAAUGACAGUUUACCGCGUUAUGAGACCUGUCAGGUGUUUGGGCGGAGUCUGCUCAAGUCCAUUUUCACGGUCACACGCAGACAGCUCCUGGAAAAGUUCAGAGUGGAGAAAGACAAACUUCCCCCAGAGAAACGAACACUCAUUCUCACACACUUUCCCAAGUUUCUCUCCAUGUUAGAGGAGGAGAUCUAUGGGGAGAACUCUCCUAUCUGGGAGGCAGACUUCACCAUGCCAGCCACCGAGGGGGCCCAGCUCGGCCAUCAGACUGUGUUGAGUCCAGUGGCAGUGUCUGGCUCUCCGCUGGGCAAGGCCAACGCGGGCACAGCCAUGGGAUGCGUGAGUCUCGACACAGUCUCCUCUGAGGUUUUGACUGGAGAAAAGCGGAAAUUGCCGGAGGCCCUGACCCUGGAGGACGCCAAACGGAUCCGGGUCAUGGGAGACAUCCCCAUGGAGCUGGUGAACGAGGUCAUGAUGACCAUCACCGACCCCGCUGCCAUGCUGGGUCCAGAGACGAGCCUGUUGUCGGCGAACGCGGCCCGCGACGAGACGGCUCGCCUGGAGGAGAGGCGCGGCAUCAUCGAGUUUCACGUCAUCGGGAACUCCCUCUCUCAAAAGUCCAACAAGAAGAUUCUCAUGUGGCUGGUGGGCUUACAGAACGUCUUUUCCCACCAGCUGCCGCGCAUGCCCAAAGAGUACAUCACGCGCCUCGUUUUCGACCCAAAGCACAAAACUCUGGCGUUGAUCAAAGAUGGACGUGUGAUUGGCGGGAUCUGCUUCAGGAUGUUCCCCACUCAGGGAUUCACCGAGAUCGUCUUCUGCGCCGUCACGUCCAACGAACAGGUCAAGGGUUACGGCACUCACUUGAUGAAUCAUCUCAAAGAGUACCACAUCAAACACGGCAUCCUCUACUUCCUCACCUACGCUGACGAGUACGCCAUUGGGUACUUCAAAAAACAGGGAUUUUCCAAAGACAUUAAAGUGCCCAAGAGUCGUUACCUUGGUUACAUUAAGGAUUACGAAGGUGCCACGCUGAUGGAGUGUGAGCUCAAUCCAAGAAUUCCCUACACCGAACUCUCCCACAUCAUCAAACGACAGAAAGAGAUCAUUAAGAAGCUGAUUGAAAGAAAGCAGAGCCAGAUUAGAAAGGUUUACCCGGGACUGACCUGUUUUAAAGAAGGAGUUCGACAGAUUCCUGUGGAGAGCAUCCCUGGCAUCAGAGAGACGGGAUGGAAACCCAGUUCCAAGGAGAAAGGCAAAGACCUCAAGGAUCCAGAUCUUCUGUACAACAUGUUGAAGAAUCUGCUGGCUCAGAUUAAAACGCACCCGGACGCUUGGCCUUUUAUGGAACCGGUGAAGAAGUCUGAGGCUCCGGACUAUUACGAGAUCAUCCGCUUUCCCAUUGACUUAAAGACGAUGACGGAGCGACUCAAAAACCGUUACUAUGUAACCAAGAAGCUCUUCAUCGCCGACCUUCAGCGAAUCAUCACCAACUGCAGAGAGUACAACCCCCCAGACAGCGAAUACUGCAAGUGCGCCAACACCUUGGAGAAGUUCUUUUACUUCAAACUCAAAGAGUCCGGCCUCAUCGACAAAUGAGCGAACCGGAGACGCGGUGCCUUCGCCCGGACCCGAGAA